AUGUCCCCAAGUGAUACCCCCUUAUCCUCUCAUGCCGCCUCCCCCGCCCUACAUUCUCGCGGCCCUGAUCGAACUGGAAAAUCCGAUGGGCAAUCUAUAACGCCACCGGAUAUCGGCGUCAGCACCUCGUUGAACGGCUGCUCGUCAUCUAGCCUUGAUCCGCUGCCGUCUCCUCUAGGCUCAGCCCCAACUUCCAGCCAGCGAAUAGAAGACCAUCCCUGGUUUUCGCAUCGGUUAUCAGGUCGCACGGAGACGGACAGGUUGAGUCGCAUCGCUCGCGCUGAUAAUGAAACCUGCGCAAGCUGCAGCCUAACGGUCCCCAAGGGUGUAAGCGAACAACUUCCACCCGGUGGACCGGGGACUUUGAAGGCGGAUGGCAAGGGCCGAAAUGGAAGCCCGGUGCUACGCUCCAGAGAAAUCGUGUAUUCCUGUAGCGGAUCUCGGUCGGAUUAUGAUGCGGAGCCCCACCCGCACCACUCGCCCGGUACCUCACUUCACUCGUCCGCGUCGUCGGAAACUUCCUCAUGUCACACCCAUAUCGUGAACUAUCUCUCAUUACACGGGCCGCCAAUCCCCGACGAUUAUGCACUUCUACGUAGCGCCUCAAUUAGAACGCUGAGCUGUGAGCUCUUGCCUCGCGGGCUCUCAUCAGGGCCCUUGUCGUUCGGGGACCCCGUUACCGGUUACACUAUCGCCUAUGUUUUUCGCCUCCCGGACCCUAUGGCUCGCGGCAAACGCCGGAGCUAUGCGCUUCUUGCCCUGGCAGGAAAGGACGCCGGCAGAGCCUUCCGUGCGUCCCCGCUGAUCUGGCGCGUGUUCGGUCGCAUCGCUGCGAGCAUCGUUAGUGCUGCUGAACGGCAUCAGGAGUCGGAAAAGUGCAAGGAAGAAGGCGGGAUUCCCACUUCUGCCGCUGCUGCUGCCACUACCAGCAUGGCCAACGGACGGAACUACACGCCCAUUUCUUCCUUCCUGACCGGCCGAGCCCUGGGCCCAGACGGCCAACCGCGCCGUGCCGGCCAGAUCCGCGCACGCAACCUUGCAGAGAUCGUGGGGAACGAAUACAUCUUUGCUGAGCUGCACGCGCAAUUCGUCGCCUUGCUCCAGCAGCUGUGUGCUAUGUUUGGCGGAGCCCGCAUCCCGGACGAUCGCUCGGUUUCGAGUUCGUUUGAGGAGGAGAGCACGUUUUCGCCACGUCGACAGUCUCUGUCGGGCGAUUGCGGGAGGGGGACAAUCGACACCGGCAUGACCACUGCCAGAACAAGCGGUAGUCCCGCUGAUCCCGGGAACCCUAGACACGAUUAUGAUUCAUCCUCCGUCAUGCUCUCGCCCGCCCCGAAACCAAUACCCAUAUCUCAUCGCGGACGACAGGUAGCAGCCUAGGCAAGUUUUGAGCCCGUGCCUGCUCCCUGCUCCCUGAUCGAUUUCGAUUUCGAUAACCAUGGAGGAAAAUAUCUCUAUUCCCUUCUAUCUAUCCACUUUCAACCUUGUUCUUUUUUUGGCGCUGUCAUAUUUUCCAUUAACUUCACAACAUAUACCCAAACUUAUCUUUUUUCCAUUUAACUUAUGUUUUUAAUGCUGCUUUAUCAUUUCUUCCGACCCCCAAGAUUCCGGUUCUCUACCAUCAAUCCAUAUUUGACGCUGUUACGACUUGAUUUACAUAACAACAACUCGUCAUCGAACUUGAAAAUAACCGAAUAGAAUACUGAGCACACCCCGACCCAACGAAGAAGCACACGUUGUUUAUUUACCUCACCCAUCCGGCCCAAUUUAUAUAUAUUUUAAUU